GAGCUCAUUUCCAGGCCCUCUCCUUCCUUCUCUCUUGUCUGCCUCCUUUUACAUAACCUGUUGCAAAGCAAUAGCCAGGAAACCAAGCCUUGUCUCUUGUGAGCCUGGCAUUUGUCUUUGCUUGGGGCAGUGUUAUGUCACUGAGUUUGGGGUGAAGGUCAAGGUUAUAUACCAAAGCUGGUUUAUUCCUGGACAGUAUCGUAUGUCAUAUUUUCAUUGUUCUCUCAUGGACUAUGGUUAAUACAAACAUUAGUAUGUUAGGAAAAUAUGGGUGGAGAACAUUAACAUGGAUUUUGCAUGUCUACUACAUCAAUGAAAUCCAGGUGGAUUACAUUGCCAUAACAGAAAAGAAAGGUUCUGGUCCACAAGACACAUUCUGCGCACAAAAGUGAAGGCUGGCUGAGAACAAGAAGCAGGAUUUCCUAUGAUCCAGUGGUCCUGGUAUCCUAAAUGGCACAAAUUUCGGAGUACGGGGAAGACUGGUUUCAGAAGUUGUUGAGAGGUUUCCUGCAGCCUGAAAUGAUGGAGAGCCUCAGAUAAAGGACACCCCAAUUUUACACCCAAGGAAUAUUGCUUAAUAUGUAUUAAUCUGAAGUAAUAUACUGUAUGGUAAAGCAUUUAAUAGAGAGCCAACCUUCUAACACCCAGAGAGCAUUUAGUUUUUGUCCAGUCAAAACCACCUAAUGUAACUGCACAUGCUACAAUGGAAACUGUAAGACAAAUACAAAGUUUUGGUAUCUGUGUUACCUAUACGUAUCCUAUAGCAUCUGGUAUGGUAUUUGCCACUCUUCUAGUGUGUUGCUGCUCAUCUCUGAACAUAAGAGCUCGUCCACUUGUUCAUAAUUCACCCUUCCUUUCUAUCUGGAAUGCUCCUACAGAGCUUUGUACUGAAAGGACUGGAGUACAGCUGGACAUGAAUUUUUUUUCCUUCAUUGGAAGCACACUGAAGACAUCCACUGGGCAAAACAUCACUCUUUUCUAUCCAGACAGGCUUGGCUACUAUCCUUACAAAAAUGAAAUCACAGGAGAGGCGUUAAAUGGAGGACUCCCUCAACUCUCACUGCUGGAGAAUCAUUUAAAGAAAGCCAAAGAGGACAUCCAGUUCUAUAUUCCUUCAGAUGAACAAUUUGGAUUGGCUGUCAUUGACUGGGAAAACUGGAGACCUGUAUGGAUAAGAAACUGGGGAUCAAAAGAUAUUUAUAGGCAGGAAUCCAUUGAACUGGUUCAGCAGAGAGACCUCAGUAUAUCAGAAGCCGAAGCCAGGAUUAUAGCCAAAAUGGAAUUUGAAGCUGCAGCAAAAUCAAUUAUGUUGGAAUCUUUAAAGCUGGGCAUAGAAAUGAAGCCAAAUCGUCUGUGGGGAUAUUACCUUUAUCCAGACUGUUACAACUAUGAUUACAAACAAAACCCACAUAAUUACACAGGGACCUGUUUAGAUAUUGAAAUAGAAAGAAAUAAUGAGCUUAAUUGGUUGUGGGAGAAAAGCACAGCACUUUAUCCAUCUAUCUAUCUAGAGACAGCCUUAAGAUCUUCCAGAAAUGCCCAGCUCUUUGUUCGCAACAGAGUUCAAGAAGCCAUUAGAAUUUCUUAUGUCUCUAGUGCUACUCAUCCUCUUCCAGUUUUUGUAUAUACACGUCCAGUGUUCACAGAUGUCUAUGAGGAAUAUCUGUCCCAGGAUGACCUGGUAAAUACCAUCGGAGAAUCUGCUGCACUGGGUGCUUCUGGAAUUGUGAUCUGGGGUGAUAUGAAUUUAACACAAAAUAAGAACACCUGCAGAACUCUGGACAACUACCUUAGGAGGACCUUGACCCCAUACCUCAUCAAUGUCACAAUGGCAGCCAGAAUCUGUAGCCAGGUGUUAUGCCAAGACUCUGGUGCCUGUGUACGGAAAAAAUGGAAUUCCACUGACUAUCUUCACUUAAACCCUGAGAAUAUUGUCAUUCAAAUGACAAAGGAUGGAAAAUACACUCUACAAGGGCAGCCAGCAUUUCAGGAUCUGCAAACAUUCAUAGAAAAAUUUGAUUGCCACUGUUAUGCAGGGCAGAGUUGUGAACCGAGAGCUGAUAUAAAUGACAUCCAUUACCUCCAUGUUUGCAUUUCAGAAGAUAUUUGCAUUCAGAUAUCCUCAAAUGCGCUUUCUAAUAUAGAAGACUCUGAAGAAAAGAUCCUGUCUAACAGAACUGUAUUUUCGUUACCCUCCCAGAGUAAGGUGACAUUAUCUACACAUCCUGAAAUAGAAGAUUUCCAAUCUACCUUUGGAAAUAAUAUACUCAAUAUAACAAUUCCAAAACAUAGCACUGUCACAGCUGUGACUAAAUAUGAUUUAGAAGCAAAUGAUACCCGUACUUCCAGUAGUUCUUCAUCCUAUAAGAUAACCAUGUUUAAUCUGUUGAGUUUAAUUCUAAUUUUCAGAACAUUAAUACAAAUGACCUGUGAAAGUGAGAAUAUUCUUUUCUCUGGCUGUGGUUGAAAUUCUGUACGUUUUAUUUACAAAGAAAAACCAUUCCUGAAAGGCAUAUGGUCUUAUCUGUAUCAGGUAACCUUUUCUAUUGCAUAGGUGACACUUCAGCUUGAAUGUAUUUCUUCAGUUUAGUUCUAUAAACUACUAUCUGUGCCAAAGGUAUACUGAUCUGUAAAUAUGGAUUACACCAAAGGACAAUCCAGAAUAAGGAACUUUUUUUACAGUUUACAUUUUUAACAGUUAUCUUAAAAAA